AUGAAGUAUAAUAUUUUUUCAUUUAUCGACCCUGCAGAUCUUGAAUUUGAUUUACCUUCAAGUUUACCGAACCUAGGCGUUUAUAAAGUUGGAUUACAUUUAAUUCAAAUUUUAACUGCUGUCCUUGUAUUAGUUACAACUGCUCCUAUUAUUUCAAUAGAAAAACGUUAUCAAGGUUGGAGUCAAGGAGCACCUAAUUUUUCUUUAACUAUUACCAUUAUUAGCUUCUUCCUAUCAGCUGCAUUAGCUGCUUUUCCUUGGUCAAAAAUUACAACAAAAAACUCUGGGUUACUGAAAAGAUUUUUUUUAAGACCAAGAACAAAUGUUAUUUUUACAUGCUUCAUGACAACGAUGUGGUUUAUUGCUAUGAUAUGUAUGUCAGUGCACUCAACAAGAGCAUCCAAUUGUGAAAUAAAUCCCACUUUAGAAAAAAAAUAUGAACAUUAUGCAAGUUCUUGGAAGAGUCAGUGUCAUUGUGCUAAAGCCUCUGCUGUAUUCUGUUGGCUUUCUUUUUUUGCAUGGCUUGCUACAACUGUACAUAGCGCAAUAUUGUUAUGGCAUGAAAAGAAAUUAAGACAUGCUGAGCAUGAGGCUCGUAUGGCAAAAAGGCAUGAAGAUGACAAUCAAACAGCUGUUAGUAGCAAUCCUUAUGAUGAAGACGCGCUUACAAUUGUCGAUAUGAAAUAUUCAGAAAAGGAUGGACAGCCAAUUGUGAAUUAUAAUAAUCCUGACUCUAUUGCGGAGGAAGAGGAGGAUUCAAAAAACCAUGUACCAACAGCUUCCAUGUCACCUACACAUCCUGCUCCUACGGUAUUAUCUCAUGCUGACAAUAGUAACUUUGUUUCUCCUUUUUCACCUACUAUGAUUGCCCAACAACCUACAUCACCUCAUACUACAGCAGGUCAUUAUGUAACUUCAUCACCCUAUUCAUCACCUCAUUAUUCUGUCACUAAUACGGCUCCUACUUAUCCUUCACCUUAUUCAAAUUAUGUUGCAUCCCCUCCUCCAUUAAAUGCUGCUGCUGCUGCUGCUGCUAGUCCUUAUCAAAGUCCAUAUAAUGCUUUGUCAACAUAUACAACACCAUCUACAAACGUAACUCCUUAUACUUAUCAUCAAGCAACUACUCAAUUCGCAAAUACUGCUACAUACCCCCCAUCAUCACCUACUACUUACUAUGCACCUGCUACUAAUGAUGUUUGA